GCCAGGCGUGGCCCCUUCGGCUCGGAGCUGACCCUGAGGAGUGCAGAGGCSUCUCGGCUGCGUUGCUGAAACCACCACCCGCAGCUCCCCCUCCCCGGGCCUUUCCAGUCUGUCUCUGGAAUCCCCUCCCCUUCGCGAUCUCUUGGAUUUGAUAUCCUGGGGCGAAGUGGGAGUUAGGCCCGGGGAGGGUGGUUACUGCUGAGGAGCCCCCGUCUCUGUCAAGAUGAUAGAGGUACUGACAACAACUGACUCUCAGAAACUGCUACACCAGCUGAAUACCCUGUUGGAACAGGAGUCUAGAUGUCAGCCAAAGGUCUGUGGCUUGAGGCUAAUUGAGUCUGCCCACGAUAAUGGCCUCAGAAUGACUGCAAGACUAAGGGACUUUGAAGUAAAAGAUCUUCUUAGUCUAACUCAGUUCUUUGGCUUCGACACGGAGACAUUUUCUCUAGCUGUGAAUUUGCUGGACAGAUUUCUGUCUAAAAUGAAGGUACAGCCCAAGCACCUUGGGUGUGUUGGACUGAGCUGCUUUUAUUUGGCUGUUAAAUCAAUAGAAGAAGAAAGGAAUGUCCCAUUGGCAACUGACUUGAUCCGMAUAAGUCAAUAUAGAUUCACAGUUUCAGACCUGAUGAGAAUGGAAAAGAUUGUAUUGGAGAAGGUGUGUUGGAAAGUUAAAGCUACUACUGCCUUUCAAUUUCUGCAACUCUAUUACUCACUCAUUCAAGAGAACUUGCCAUUUGAAAGGAGAAAUAGCCUUAAUUUUGAAAGAUUGGAAGCUCAACUUAAGGCAUGUCAUUGCAGGAUCAUAUUUUCUAAAGCAAAGCCUUCUGUGUUGGCUUUGUCCAUCAUAGCUUUGGAGAUUCAAGCACAGAACUGUGUAGAGUUAACAGAAGGAGUAGAAUGUCUUCAGAAACAUUCCAAGAUACAUGGCAGAGAUUUGACCUUCUGGCAGGAGCUUGUAUCCAAGUGUUUAACUGAAUAUUCAUCAAACAAGUGUUCCAAACCAAAYGUUCAGAAGUUGAAAUGGAUUGUUUCUGGACGUACUGCACGGCAACUGAAGCAUAGUUACUAUAAAAUAACUCACCUUCCAACAAUUCCUGAAACGGUUCCUUAACUGGCAAAUAUGGUUGUUAUUCUUCAUAUAGAGAAAUUUUUCCAAUGACAUAAUUUUCUUCUACAAUUGAAAAAUUGCAAUAUUAUUUUCAAAAUAAGCAAAAUGGAGUUGGAAUAGCAGAGGGAAAAAUGACAUUGAUCUAGUCAGCUAAUAUUUGAAGGCAUUUACUACACAUAAGGUGCAACACCCUUAGAGAAAGGAAUUAUCCAACCUCUAAUAUG